CUACACAAAAACUAACUCAUUGAUAGAAAAGUAUCGCGCAUACCGGAAAUCAUAAUCGCCUCGAUUUCAGCAGUACUCCUGGCUACCUGUUACCGUGUGUCAACAACUCCGGUAUCAAGUUUUAUUUUUCCAAUCUGAAUUCCACAUUUCUGAAAAGAGCUGUUCUCUGCUCUUGUGCAAGCCAUCAUUUCAAAUCACUGUUUCUCAAGCAAGUUCAGCAGUUGUUGCCUAGGACCAUGUCUAGUAAAAAGCUGUUUAAUGUUGUCUUUGUAUUGGGAGGACCUGGAGCUGGUAAAGGAACACAGUGUGAAAAGAUUCAAGAAACAUUUGGAUACCAGCAUUUGUCAGCUGGAGAACUUCUACGCCAGGAAAGACUAGCUCCAGGAUCUCAGUAUGGUGAGGAAAUAGACAAACAUAUAAAAGACGGAAGCAUAGUCCCUGUUUCAAUUACAUGCUCUCUUUUGCUGCGGGAGAUGAGGAACAGCUCCAAGAACAACUUUCUAGUGGAUGGUUUCCCAAGGAAUCAAGACAAUCUGGAAGGCUGGAACAAGGAAACAGAGGGUGUGGCUAGAGUGCAAAGAGUUUUAUUCUUCAAUUGCCCUGAUGAUAUCUGUGUGGAAAGAUGUCUAAGCAGAGGUCUUACUAGUGGCAGAACUGAUGAUAAUGCUGAAAGCUUGAAAAAGAGAAUUCAAACCUACAGAGACUCGACAAUGCCUAUUGUUGAUCAUUUCCGUAAGCUGAAUUUAGUCUCAGAGAUCCAAGGUGAUAGGUCACCCAAUGAGGUUUUCGAGGAUGUGAAGAAAGUAUUUGCGUCUCUUAAAUAAUUUCACUUAUACAGCUAGCAGAAUGGAAAGUCUUGACCUAGUUAGUGCCUAUUUUUUAUAAUGAAAUUUAAUUUAAUUUUAAGAAUGGAUUAGUGUUCACAUGUUCUUUUUGCUGUACAUUAUAAACAAGUUACUAGUAAAAUAAAAAUUGACUUUAACAGAGUUUUGAAUGAAAUCAUUUUACUUUUCUAAGCAACGACCAAUGUUUUUGAGUCUAUUUGUGAUUUAGGUAUUGACGUUUGUUGAGUUAACAAAAAGAAAGGGUAAAAAGCAGAGAAAAACAUUUUUUUUUUAAUUAUUUUUACAAUGUUGAUUCAUAGUGUGUUGAUCAUGCUUGGUGAGUUAUCACAUUUUGUGUUCUCAACUAUUUAGCUAGUUUUUUGUUUUUUUUUCAUUACUUUGUUCUUCGCAUAUGUAUGUUUUUUAACAUCAUCAAUUCUGGUAAAACUUAUUUAAAAACUUCAUUUCUAAAAUCAUGCUCAACAAUUUAAAAGUUUUACUCUUGCGUUUAUUUAUUGAAUUUUUUUUUUUUUUUGGUUACUUGGUAUUAUGUUUUAUAGAUAAUUCCUAUUUGAAUAUGCUCUUGGUUUAAUGCACAUUAUAAGUAAGUGUGUGUGCGUGUGAUUGUUUGUACUGAUACCUUUGAAUGUUAAUUAAAAGUGAACAUUUCUUAUUUAUACUAAGGUUUUCUAAAUUAUAUAAUGGUAAAAAUGAAUACAGUGUUUACUAUCGAUGAAAUGAUUUACUUUGCCAAAUAUACUUAACGUUUGUCAUCAGCACCUUAUAGAACACAAACCGAAAAUUCUUUAAAAAAAAAAAAAAACUAAAAAAAAUUUUUAAUUCAAUUUAAAAAAAUAAAAGAUUUCUUAGAUUUGUUUUUUUCCUCUUUUAAGAAAGUAAUUAAUAUUUUUACCUUGAAUUGUCUUUAAUGUCUGCUGCAUAAGGAAAUAUGUUUUUUUAUUCAAAUUUGUUUUUAUUCAAUUGGGGAACAUGUACAUUUACAACCCAAAGCCUUGCUGUAAACCAGUGUUUCCCAAAGUGUGUUCCGAUGACCCCUAGUGUUCUGCGGACCCUAGUGUUCUGCGUGGCCUGAAUAGGUGUUCCAAUAAUUGCAAUAAUUACUAGUUGGCCACCACGUGAAUUAAUCUCUCUAAUUCUCUCUGGAUGGCUGCCUGGUCGUCCUGCAGGAGGUUCGGACUAGGAAGUAAAUUAUCUUCAAUUCUGAAGGAACAUACGACACAUGUAAAAUAUUUGAAUAUAAAAUUUUUUAAAGAUGCUCCAUUCAAUACUCUGAAUGUGGGAAGUGUUCUAUUAAGGAAAAGGGUUUGGGAAACAUUUUGGUGUAAACUAAAUGUUUGUUAUUAAUGUAUUGUGUUUGAAAAGAAUUGUACCUUUUUAGCUUAGCAUUGAGAUAUUGUUGACUGUUGCUGGUGACCUUUUUUUUUUUUAAAAAUGUUUAUCAUGUUGGGUUUGUUUAAUUCUCUAAGGAUAUUUCAGUAUGAGCUCAGGUGUACAGCACUGGUUCAUAUCUUGUUGUGACAUGAUUUCAUCAGAUAACUCUGUAUAUUGGAUGUGAAUUACUUCCCAUCUUGUUGUAUAUCUCUGUGUAACAAUCUCUGUGGGCUACUAAUAUUUAUAUCAUGGUGUGUUUUAUUCAAAUCAAUAAAUCUAUGAGGCAAGUUUUA